AAAAACAUAACGUUAAAACAGUACAGUCUGUAUCAAUACAUUUGAUGUUCAUACGUUAGAUUUAUUUUUCUUGCGUGAUAAUGAAUAAAGUAUGUCAUUCAUACAUUUGUUGAUUUUGUUUGAUGGUUGAGACAGUACAGUAGGCCAAAAUAAUUAAGAAUUUAUAUACCGGUAUAAAAACAUAACAUAUAAAACCAAGAAUAUUAAAACUAUACCGUAUUUGUUUUUAUGUACAACUAUGAUGACAUUUCGUUUGUUAAUAUGUUUGAAUUUUUGAUAAAUUUUUUCUUGUGUGUUGACAUGUUAUUCACGCAAAAAUAUUUACUGUAUAGUACCGGUAUCAACUUUAUUUCGUCACUUGUAGACAUACCUACCAAGUCUCCCGCAUUUGGCGGGAGACUCCCGCUUUUUGCCCUAACCUCCAGCUCUCCCGCCACUAGCCUAAAAUCUCCAGCUUUUCUAAUAAUCUCAAGAUUUUUUAUUAAAACCCACAAUUUAAUACAAAAAUAUCCAAAACGUGACAAUUCUGUAGUUUUAUAAGGCAUAUAAAAUUUACGAAAGUUCUAUCGCUUCGCGAAAAUACAUGCCGUUCCGAUAGUAAACAAUGUAUUUGUGUAAAAUUAACACUGGUGGCGCUGUACACAUUACGUCAUUUCUAUUUUAACUUUACGACCGCCAUCAUGCAUAUCAAUACUUUCAGCGAACCAGAAUCCACGAUGGUUUUACUGGCGAAAAUAGGGUCUUGGCUGCGCUUAUCAUCAUUGAUGCAUCAUCCAAAUCCAAAAUGUCGGACAGUGAUGUUUCAAGCAGCAAUGAGGCGGCUGCACCUGGUUCAUCAAAGACAAAUGCAAAAAUGAUACGCCAAAAAAAAAAGUACAAAACCAAAUUGAAUAAGCAGUGGUGCAAAAAAUGGCCAUUCAUCUCAGCUGUUAGUCACAAUGACUACAGUUUUCGAUGUAACGUAUGCGGAACAGAGUAUAGUUGCCAACACCAAGGGGAAGGAGAUGUGAAACGGCAUAUCUCUCGCGAUGCAAAUAAGAGAAAUGCACAAGCCAGAAUGGGUCAGAAAACAAUGAAAUCAAUGUUUGGGGCAGAUCAACCAUUGGUUGAAAAGGUAAUACUAAUAAAUUAAUUAUUGAAUUUUAAUUAUAUAGGCCCAGGGCUAGACCUACUUUUUAUUUUGUGAUAUUUUACAAUCACUAGUGCUAGCUAGAGAGAGUGCAAUAAGUGUUUUAUUUCAAACAGGUAUACUAUAGUAUAUAGCCCAGCCUAUAGAAGCCGGACCAUUUUACAUUACAUAAACAGAAAUCCAGUAGAAUUAGGCUACUUCGUCUUCGACUUCGGUGUGUAUUUUACUAUCUAAGGUGACCGACCUUAGGUUUGGCACUGGCUUACUUACCCUUACACCACCCUAGCCAUAAGUAUAGGACCUAGUUUGAAUAAACUUAUUUUUGUUACAAUUGAUAGUCAAAUUAAAUAAUAAUACAGUUGAGAAUAUAUUAUUUUAUUAAUUAAUACUGAAUUUUACAACUUCGUACUCCGUACUGUUAAUUAGUAUUACAUAGGUAGUGUAUAUAGUCAUAUUUAAAUAAUCAGCUGAUGAUGUAAAUGUAGAGAUUUUCAUCUUCAUUAAAAUUUCUUUAUAAACAAUUAUCAGGGUUUGAUAUUCUGUUUACUACUUUCACUUUCUUUCAGGUCACUCGUGCUGAAAUGAAAGUAGCCACCAUGUUGGUUAGGAACAACAUACCUCUUGCGUUAUCAGACGAGCUUACUCCCUUAUUUUAUGAUAUAUUUCCUGAUAGUGAAAUAGCAAAAAGAUUUUCAUCUAGAAGAACCAAAACAGCUUGCAUGAUAAAUGGUGCAAUUGCUCCUCACUACAAGGCAUCACUAAUUGACAUCAUGAAAAAUGGGCCAUUUUCUGUCUCCACUGAUGGGUCGAGUGACACAGGGGUCGAAAAAAUGAAUCCAAUGACUGUUAGGAUCUUUGAUGUCAACCGCGGAUGUGUCGCAACGCAGUUUUUGGAUAUGUGCAUGUCAUCUCGAUCCACUGCUGAAGCAUUGUUUAAUACAAUGGAUGAGGUACUAAAAACACAUUCACUGUCAUGGAAGAACUGUGUUGGAAUAGGUCUUGACAACACUUCGGUAAAUAUGGGAUGUAGAAAUUCCAUAAAGACAAGACUUUUAAAAGAGAAUGACGCUGCUUAUGUGAUGGGAUGCCCAUGUCAUAUUAUUCAUAAUACGGCUGGAAAGGCAGGAGAGGCUUUUCAUAGGGUUACAGGCUUCAGUGUUGAUGAUAUGUUGGUCGACAUUUUUUAUUGGUUUGAU